GGCUUUCAGGUGGCUGCGAGAGGUCGGCGCCGCCCGCGUCUCCGUUGACUGCCGCGCCUCCCUCGGCGCGCUCGGAGCUCCAGCCAUGCUGUUCUGGCACACGCAGCCGGAGCACUACAACCAGCACAACUCCGGCAGCUACCUGCGUGAUGUGCUCGCUCUACCCAUCUUCAAGCAGGAGGAGCCCCAGCUGUCCCCUGAGAAUGGGGCCCGGCUGCCACCCCUGCAGUACGUGUUGUGUGCCGCCACGUCCCCAGCUGUGAAGCUCCAUGAAGAGACCCUGACCUACCUCAACCAAGGUCAGUCUUAUGAAAUCCGACUGCUGGAGAACCGGAAGCUGGGAGACUUUCAAGAUCUGAACACUAAAUAUGUCAAGAGCAUCAUCCGUGUGGUUUUUCACGACCGCCGGCUGCAGUACACGGAGCACCAGCAGCUGGAGGGCUGGCGAUGGAGCCGGCCUGGGGACCGCAUCCUGGACAUUGAUAUUCCACUGUCUGUUGGUAUCUUGGACCCCAGGGCCAGCCCGACCCAGCUGAACGCAGUUGAGUUUUUGUGGGACCCUGCGAAGAGAGCGUCUGCAUUCAUUCAGGUGCAUUGUAUCAGCACAGAAUUCACCCCGAGGAAGCACGGGGGCGAGAAGGGAGUGCCUUUCCGGGUGCAGAUCGACACCUUUAAGCAGAGUGAGAAUGGGGAGUACUCGGAGCACUUGCACUCGGCCAGCUGCCAGAUCAAAGUGUUCAAGCCCAAAGGAGCUGAUCGGAAACAGAAGACAGACCGGGAGAAGAUGGAGAAAAGAACAGCUCAAGAGAAGGAGAAGUACCAACCGUCCUACGAAACCACCAUCCUCACAGAGUGCUCUCCAUGGCCUGACGUGGCUUACCAGGUGAACAACGCCCCAUCCCCAAGCUACAAUGGCUCUCCCAACAGCUUUGGCCUCGGUGAAGGCAACAGCUCGCCAACCCACCCAGUGGAGGCCCUGCCCAUGGGCAGUGACCACCUGCUCCCGUCAGCCUCCAUCCAGGAUGCCCAGCAGUGGCUGCACCGCAACCGGUUCUCGCAGUUCUGCCGGCUCUUUGCCAGCUUCUCAGGUGCUGACCUGCUGAAGAUGUCCAGAGAUGAUCUGGUCCAGAUCUGUGGUCCUGCAGAUGGGAUCCGACUCUUCAACGCCAUCAAAGGCAGGAAUGUGAGGCCCAAGAUGACCAUUUAUGUCUGUCAGGAGGUGGAGCAGAACCGAGCACCUUUACAGCAGAAACGGGAUGGCAGUGGAGACAGCAACCUAUGUGUGUACCACGCCAUCUUCCUGGAAGAGCUGACCACCCUGGAGCUGAUUGAGAAGAUCGCCAACCUGUAUAGCAUCCCCCCGCAGCACAUCCACCGCAUCUACCGGCAGGGCCCCACGGGCAUCCACGUGGUGGUGAGCAACGAGAUGGUGCAGAAUUUCCAAGAUGAAUCUUGUUUUAUCCUCAGCACAUUAAAAGUGUCUCUCUCUUGCAGCCGAGAGCAACGAUGGCUACCACAUCAUCCUGAAAUGUGGACUCUGAGCCGAAGUAGGACACUCACCUGCUCCCAGCCCCUUGGAUGUAGAAGUUGCACCACUGUCAGCUCCAGGCUCGCCGGGAAAGCUGAGGCGAGGAGAGUUCCUGCCUGGCCCAUGAAAGCUACAGACCAUGAAGCCGCAGAAACUAGUGGACACAAAAUCUGGCACGCAGAAAACCAGAGGCUCCUUUCUUUCCUUUCCUCUUGGCCUCCAGCUUUUGAAUGGUUCCUUGUGUUUUCUCUCAACCCUGAUGUUCUAAAAAGGCAAGCGGUGGGGCACCUUCUCUGAAACCCCAGGCCUCUAAGUCCGAGGCUCACUGGGUACCUUGGUGCCACCUGUAUUGAUCCCUUCUGACCACUCUCCUGCCCCCAGUGAAAGCUCUGCCUCACCCCUACGCUCUCCUCUUUCUCAGGUAGCUGGCUUCUUGGCUGGCACUGCUGAUUUGUUGGGGGAGGUGGCCCCAUUCUUCUGCCUUCAUGUCUGCUUCCCUUAUCAGUGACCCCAGCAGCAUCUGCUUCCCCUGUUCUUGAAUGAAUUGGUGGGAGUGGGAUUAUUCUCUGCCUUCUGCCUCUUUCCCCUUCUUGUUUCUAAAGUGUUGCAGCAAAGCCCAGAGGGAGAUGCACUCACGUCUGUGUUGGCACAGUAGACUCCACAAUAUGUGUGUGACCAGUCUCACAGAUGCUAAUCCUGAGGCCUGCCUGUGAUUUGGAGGUGGGAGCGGUGGAAUAGAAUGAUUCUUCCCAGGUAGAUCCUCACAAGUAGAGAAAGAAUAAGAACCAAAUGAUUCUUCUUUUUGCUACUUUGGUGUAAUUUUGUUUCCUAAGCAAUCAUGGGUAAGGAGGUCUAGGAAAUUAUAAUUCCAUUCUAUCAUUAGAAGACCUUGAUCAUCAAAAUUCCAGGACCUUUAAGAUGGACUGGCAAAAUCCCAUUGAGAGGAGAGAAGACCUUGGUUGGUCUGAAUUUUUCAUGUUUCAUAGGGACAAUGUAUUUUCUGUGAGGGACCUUCAUUUAAAUUUUUAUCCUUUUUAAUUUGUAGGGAAUAUGUUUAGGAAUCCAUUGGAAUGGUUGGAUUAUCUUAAAAUAUGAGAGAUUGGAGUAUCAGUGACUUUGGUAGAGUCAGGAUUUAGUCUUUGCCUUUCUUCUGUUCCUGUGAUCUGUACCAACCCAGGGCUUUAACUCUGUGAUAAUUUAGGUUUACCUUCCAAGCCAAGGUGAGCCCUGUGAGCCCCAGAGUAGCAUUUUACAGCUUCUCUAAUAGAAAUUUUGUAGAAUAUUGGAAAUAAUGGAACAAUUGAAUAAUGGAAAUUUUGUGGAAUUUUGUGCUAGGCUCAAAGACUGUCUGAACCUGGCAGAUAUUUUUUUUUUUUUUUUACAGAUGGGGAAAUUGAGGCCCAGAAGGGCAAAGCCACCUGUGUGAUAUCACACAGUGAUAGAGAAAUGAUAUAAAUUUAUCAUACAAGCCAGGACAUUUCUGAGAGUGGGACUCUGUUGAUACUUUUGGGGACAGUGGCUAUGCUAUUCCUAGAGUGAAAACAGGUUCCUGAUUCCUUUUCCUUUUCUAAGCGAAAGAGAGGAGUGGGUUAACAGAAUCAUUGAGAUACCAUUCACAUACUAUAUAGUUUACCCAUUGAUUCUGUGGUUUUCACAGAAAUCACAAUCAGUUUUUAAUAUUUUGUCACCCCCACCAAGGAAACCCUAUGUCCUAGACUAUCACUGCUCAACUUCUGCACAUUGGGGAAACCAUGACUAUACUUUUCUAUAUAGAUUUACCUAUGCUGGAUACCCUGUAUAUGGAAUCAUAUAAUGUGAUCUUUUGUGAUUGGUUUCUUUCACUUAGCAUAAUGCUUUUUAGGGUCAUUCAUGUUGGGCAUGUAUCAGUACUCUUUUUGAAAUACUAAGCAUCAAACCCUGGACUUUGCACAUGCUAGGUAAGUGCUCCGCCUCUGAGCUAUACCCCCAGUUCAUUACUUCCUUACUUUCUAUUGCUGAAUAAUUUUUCAGUAUGUGGAUAUUAUUGCGUCUGUCAGUUGAUGGACAUUUGGAAUGUUUCAGAUUUUUUUGUAAUAUGAAUAGUGCUGCUAUAAACAUAUUUGUACAAGUUUUUAUGUAGACAUGCAUUUCUUAGGGAAAUUUACAUAGGAGUGGAGUUGCUGGGUCAUAAUAGUAACUGUGUUAAACUUUUUGAGGAACUGCCAGGCAGCUGGACCAUUUUACAUUCCCACCUGCAGUGUCUGAGGGUUCCAGUUUCUCCACAUUCUCACCAACACUUGCUGUGAUGUCUUUUUUCUUAUGGUAUCCUAGUAGGCAUGAAGUGGUACCUCAUUGUGGUUUUGAUUUGCAUUUCCCUGAUGGUUAAUGAUGUGGAGCAUUUUUUUACAUGCUUAUUGGUCAUUUGUAUAUCUUCAGAAAAAUGCCUGUUGAAAUCCUUUGCCCAUUUUUGACCUAGGUGUCUUUUUAUUAUCAAGUUGUAUAAGUUAUUGGUAUAUUCUAGAGACAGAUCCUUUAUCAGAUACAGGAUUUGUAAAAAAAUCUCUUCAUCCUGUGGGUUGUUUUCCCUUUCUUAGUUAUGUCUUUUGAAGCACAAAAGUUUUUAAAAUUUGGAUGAUAUCCAAGUUAUCUAUAUUUUUUUUUUUUUUUUUUUUUGCUUCUGCUCUUAGGUCAUCUCUCAGAAACCAUUGCCUAAUCCAAGGACAGGAGAAACUUAUCUAUAUUUUCUUCUAAAAAAUUUCAUAGUUCUAAUUCUCUUAAUGAUCUUCGAUUCAUUUUUAGUUAAUUUUUGUUCAUGAUAUGAAGUAGGGGUCCAUCUUCGUGCUUUUGCAUGUAGUUAUCUACUUGUCCCACCUGGUUGGUUGGUUUCCAUGGAAUUGUCUUGGCGCCCCUGCUAACAAUCCUUAACUUUUACUAGAUCUUUCUGGAGCAUGAUUCUGAAAUUGGGAAGCUCACCUUUCCCCUUCUCAAUCUGUUUGGCUCCCAACGUUUACAGCUGCCUUCCUGUUCUAUUCUUACCACCUCUCUUUACCUGUCUCACAAUAUUGGAUCAUACCACUCUUAUAUUCUGCCAUCUUUGGCAGAACAUAUUCUGCCAUGUUCCAAUACCACAUCCUGGUCCUAUGGAUGAUCCUAGACUAAUCAUUUCCUUUUUGAAUCAUGAGGAAACUGAGUUACAUGGAAGUAGAAUAAUUUGCUCUAAGACAUACUUCUCAUUAAUGGGAGAACCAAGACUGGACCAUUUUGGUCUUCUGACUUUAGCCCUUCAGUGUGUCUGUGGUUGCCAUGCCUAAGUGAUGCCACUACCCAGACCAAGUGACGGCAGGCCAAAUUUUAAUUCUAAAAGAAUGUUGUAGGUUGAUAUUUUUAAUUAACUUCAAAAGAGGUCCUAAUAAAGGUCUGUCACCUGAAGUUUGCCGUUAGUAGAGUCUUCCAUUUUCUGACAUGCUCAUUGUCAUCUGCUCUUCUUGCCUUCUAACGAUUAUAGUUAAGUCUUACAGUUUACAAGGGAAGAGAAAAUGAUAGAGUACAAAUGGUAAUUUGGUACCAAGAUGUCUUUCCCCCCUAAUAGUUAAGCAACUUAUCCUUUCCUUGGGAGUCAGAUAAGCUACAAUGGUAGGUUUUAUUUCUCAUUUCAUUGGAGUACAGAAAAACCAUUGCAUUUCCAUUCCUGUCCAGUGUCUUUCCUUGAGCUCCAAAUUCAGAGACUUGGACCUGCAGGGCCUGCAUCUCCCUCCAAGGACUUCCCACCACCCCUGCCAUGUAUUCUAGGCCAUGGUUUUCUUGGCAGUGGAAGUAUGUUAGUCAGCUUUAUGUCACUGUAACCUAAAUACUUCACAAGAACAAACUUAGAGGAGGAAAAGUUUAUUUUGGCUCAAAAUUUCAGAGGAUCAGUCCAUGACCAGCCAGCUCCAUUGCUCUGGGUCUGAAUAUCAUGGCAAAGGAAAGCUGUCAGCUCAUGGUAGCCAAGAAGCAGAGAGAGGUAGUAUACACAAGGAGCCAGGAAUAAGAUAUAAUUCCCAAAGACACCCAAAGUGAUCAGCUUCCUUCAGCCAAGCACCACCUGUCUAUAGUUACCACCCAGUAGUAUUCAAAUUAUUAAUCCUUCAAACAGAUGAAUCCACCAAUGAGGUUACAGCUUGUAGAAUCUAAUAGUUUCACCUCUGAAUAUUCUGGCAUUGUCCAACACCAGCUUUUUAUGUAACACCUCAUAUAUUCAAACUGUAACAGACAGCAAAAAUGAAGAUACAAGCAUGUACUCAUCUCAUGGCCCAGGCUGAGUUCUUCACUGUUAGACCAGCAUGCUUACUGGGCAAGCAUUUUUUUUUUUUUUUUUUUCCAAAGUUGAAAUAAACCUUUCCCUGUUUAGUAGGUUGUCCCUUUACCAUGAAGAGACUGAGCCUAUUGAAUGGAGCAGCAAUAGGAUUUGUUAGGGGAAAGGACAGGAUGGGGUGGCAAGUUCCAAGUCCUGCUUGGGAUCCUAAGCAAAGGUCAGGCAUUGCCCUAGUGACCUCUUGCCCAGGCAGCCUCGGGGCCCUUAAGCAGAGCUGUUAACCUAGAGAGGGCUUUUCCGGGAACAAGCUGGAGCUGAGCAGCAUGUCACACACAAGUUUCCAAGUCCAGUGUUGCUCCGGGGGCUGGCCUCAGCAACUGUGGUUCUGAAAAUCAUUAACGAGUUGAUGAAAUAAAUGGAAAAGGCUCCUUUGCUGUCGUCAGAACAGGGAGAAAGGCCCAAGCAAGGCUCUCAGAGAAGGUGGAAAAGCUGGGACUGAGAGUGGGGGAGGGGAGGGAAAGGGAGGGGGUUACAUGUUGAACGAUGAACUCUGAGAUGCAGAAGGAGGAUCAGGGCACCAGGAGUCAGGGGUCCUGGGCUCAAACCUGUGCUUGGCAUGAGUGUAUCUGUCUCUGCUUUAGAAUGCAGGCUGGGUAUUCCGUGGAUGGUAUAAUUCAUUGGUAUAGAACUUGACCCUGGGUUCCAUCCUCAGAACAACUGGGGGAAAAAACACAGGGUGGGAGACAUUGAAGUCUGUGCAGGCACAGUCACAAGGCGAAUCCGAGGGGUGCCAGGGUUUUCCUCAUUGUCCACUUAUCAAAAUCAUACAAUGGGCCAGGCCAAGGCAGGAGGCGUUCAGGUUCAAGGCCAGCCUUGGCCACUUGGCCAGACUGUCUCAAAAUAAAAAAGGGCUGAGGAUAUGGCUCUGUGGUAGAGUGUUCCUGGGCUCAGUCGCUGUAGCAAAUACAAAAACAAAAGCAUACAAUGGGCAGGUGACCUUCGUGUGUGCUUGUCCUAGGUGAGCAAGGAGCAUGGUGCCACCAGUGCUCAGGGUGGCGGGCACCGUGACAUGAGUCGUGUCUUCCCCGUCUCAUCUUUAGAAAUCCACUCUAACUCCCACCUGUUGGCCUGCUUACCAGUCCCCCCAGGUGUCCCCAGCAGCUGCAUCAUGUGCACGGGUCUGGUUGUGUGUGACCUGGCUCUCGGGUCCCUGAGCGAGCUGUGCCGCUGGCUGCCAUCCUGAGUGCAGACCCACCUUUUCAUUAGGGGAACGCAAGCCUCCUGGGAGCCAGCUGAUUCCCUUUCAAUCUUGUUUUAAAGUUUUUAAAUGUUUUAUCUGUUCUGAGUAGUUAUAUGUGAUAGUAGUGCAUUUUGACACAUCAUACAUAAAUGGAGUAUAAUCUCUCAUUCUUCUGGUUGUACCUGAUCCCUUUCAAUCUAGAACAUUCCUAAAUGGGUGUGCUGUUGUGGUAGUUGGAGGGAUCCCCGUCCUAAGUUGGCUCUUUGGGGACUGAAGUGGAUGCUAGGUAGCUGGCACCCCGAGGAGGUCUCUGCACUGGUCUCCACACUUCCUCCUGGCAGACGCCUCCCCCUCAGCUUGUACACUCUGGGCUCUUGCUAGGCGUGUUGGCCAGUGGGAAAUGUUUGUACCUUCCCUCCGAUUGCCCCUCUCCCUUUUCAUUGCUCCUUGGGGCCAGAGCAGCUGGCCUGAGGGCCAGUGAUGUGCUGGUCAGAGUGAUCCAAGUCUCCUUCCUGGGGUCCUGCCAAGUUUAACAGGAGCGCUCCCGAGACCCCCACUAGACUUCUGGCCCUCCCUGCAAAGGCCCCUCCAGGCUUCCCUCCCCCCACCUCUGUGGUAACAGCUGACAGAUCCUGAGUUGGGGUCAUCAAACUACUCCCUCUCCAGAGGACCACAGUGUGAAUAGGUCCUUGUGUCCUCACCCUGAGAAGUGCCAGGUGAGCUGCAGAGGACAGGGAACCCUUGUGUCAUGGGACCUUCAUCAAAGAGAACUGUGUAAUCAACCCCAGUCCCUAUGGUCCAGUGUCACCAUUACCAGCCUCUGCCUACUCUCCCAUCGGUGGUAAAUGCGGGGAAACCCAGCUCUUCACUUUUGCCAUUGAUUUGAUGAUCAGGAACUUUGUCUUUGAACCCAAUUAAGGGAAAUGCUAACCCUCCCCCGCUUCCCUGCACGCACACACAAAAAAUCCUUUCUCAUUUCUCAUUAGUAGUCUUUGAUUACAACCCCCCCCCACAAUUAAUAUAUUUUGAAUUACAUCAAAAAAACUAUGGAGGGUUGGGGGUCUAGGGGUGAGAGUACUUGACUAGAAUAUGCGAGACCCUGGGUUCCAUCUCCAGCACUGAAAAAGUAAAUUGUGGAAAUUUGGUUUCUCUUUGUGCCAAUAUAAUACCUCUUGUCUCUUAAAACCUAUGAUAUUUACUCUAGCCCUUUAUAGAAAACAUUUACUAGCCAUUGAACUAGACAAAUUACAUUCUCUGAGAUUAUUUAUGGUCUCAGAUGUUAAGGAUUAUUUUAAAUAAACUAUUUUGCACAGGCUUAGAGGCAGGAGAUGCAGUUUCUGGAUUCCCCUGGCCUGUUGUGUGUCUUACUUCCUGUGUGGACGGGGAGCCCUCUUUGAAGGGUCUGGUCCUCCAGCUGGCUCCUGUAGUGUGUGCUCCCCUAUCCACAGGAAUACAGAGGCCUUGGCUUCCCCUCUUUCCCCGCAGCUCCCAAGUUUCUGGAGACCUUCUUGACCUUGGGCCUGGGUUCCCUGACCACAGUCCUAAGGUUUGAUUCGAGGAAAGGGCUUUGCGCUGAUCGUGGACUGCUGAAUUGCCGAGGGUGGUGGUCUCCUGAGCUGGUCACUGGAGUGCUUCAGUCCUGGGAGGGGACAGCCUCCAACUAGUGCCUGGAGUUUAAAGGACUGGUUAGCUUCUCCGGGCCUGCAAAUGCUUCCCUACAUGUCUUGCUGCUCUGCCUGCUUAUUUUGGCCUCAGUAGGUGACCACAAGGGCAGCUCCCUGGCCUGGCCUGGACCUGGGUUUCUAGGGCUGCUCUUGGUGGUUGAAGAGCCUUGGUGUGGAGUGGUGUGGCCCCAUCAUGCAGCAGGGCAGUCCCUGUCUCCCAAGGCUUGUCCACGCUUGAGGACCCCUCAGGUCUGCCCUCCACUCCUCAGGUACAGACAGCUCUGUGCAACCUGGGCCUCCAUUACUAACAUAGGUAGUAGCAGCCUCUACGGCUGGCCCCUUGGGGACCAGCCAGUUACUGUUUCUUUAAUGUUCUUGUAUUUAAUGUGAUUUCUUUGUUAGUAUGUAUCUUGCCCACCUUCUUCCAGAUCCAGUGAUUCUUUUCUAAAGGUGGUGGGGGUGUCUUGGGGUGGCUCAGAUGGGUGUGAGUGGUUAUGGGGGAGGAGGCCAUUGGGAUCUAAGUUGUCAUGCUGCCCUAUUGUUUUUGUACCUGAAAUAAAGCAUAUUUUGCACUUGUUACUGUACCUACCGACUUGCAGGAGAGAAAUCUGAAUGUGGGGUCUGUA